AUUGAAGCAAAAGUUGCAGUCUCCGUCUCGUUGCUUCUAGGGUUUCAUCAACCAAUUCGUCUUCGUCUCCUUUCCGCAAGCAAUCAUGGUGCUCCAAAAUGACAUCGAUCUCCUCAAUCCUCCUGCUGAGCUUGAGAAGAGAAAGCAUAAGCUCAAGCGUCUCGUGCAAUCUCCCAACUCUUUCUUCAUGGAUGUUAAGUGUCAGGGAUGCUUCAACAUAACCACUGUGUUCAGCCAUUCGCAAACAGUUGUAGUGUGUGGAAACUGUCAGACAGUUCUGUGCCAGCCCACCGGUGGUAAAGCGAGGCUCCAAGAGGGAUGCUCUUUCAGGAAGAAGUGAGAUUGAGAUCUAACGAAUCAAUCAUCCUUUCGCAGAUGUUGUUGCUGUGAGGGGAAUCAGAUCUUUCCUUAGUUUGUUUUCUUGCUUUAGUAGUUUCAAUGUCUAUUGACUUUUUUUUUUCGCAUAUGAGAAGAUUUUGAAGGCAUGAUAAAGCUACUAGCUGAGUAGUUGGUUAGAACUCUUAUCUUGU